CCAUAUGUCCAAUUAUUUAUCAUGUAAACAAUGCAUGUCUGUUGAUUUCUUCAUGACCUUAGCUCAGUAGCCUUUCUACCCAUCUCUCAUCAUAAUCUCUUCCCAUCCACAUGGCAACCGCAACCCAAUCCUCUCCUCCCUUCACGAAUGCUACCCAUGAAGAUGAAAAGUGUUCCAAGGAAUCUCACGAAACAAAUAUUCCAGACAAACUUGUCUCUGAGUUGCCCAGAGAGAGAGGAUGGCUAACUGAACACAUUCAUUUGUACAAUGGGUUUUGGUACCCACCACGGGUCAUCCACGGCCUCCUAGCCCUCCAACAACACUUCAAACCACACCCCAAUGAUGUCCACUUAGCCAGUUACCCCAAAUCUGGAACCACUUGGCUCAAGGCUCUUCUCUUCAGCAUUGUGAACCGGGGAGAAUAUACCCAUAAUGCUCUCCAACAACAACCUUUGCUCACCUCAAACCCUCACGAAUUGGUCCCCUGGUUAGAGACUUACGCCUCAACUAACCCCACAAAUCCCCGCCCAGACUCUUCCUUGUUCCACACCCACCUAGGCUACCCAACGUUGCCACAACAGAUCCAAACCUCCCCCUGUCGGAUCGUGUACGUGUUUCGUGACCCCAAGGAUGUUUUGGUGUCUUGCUGGCACUUCCUCGCUAAUCUAAGACCCAAACACUUCCCUCCCAUCUCUCUCCAAGACGCUUUCGACCAAUUCUCGCGCGGCGCCUCGCCUUUCGGGCCCUACUGGGAUCACGUCACCGGCUACUUCAAAGCCGGUGUCCAAUCCCCCGACAAAGUGUUGUUCGUGAGGUACGAGGAUUUGAAGACAGAAACUGUAGUCCACGUGAAACGGGUGGCCGAGUUCCUCGGCCACCCUUUCUCGGCGGAGGAAGAGAAGGAAGGGGUGGUGCGGAAAAUCGUAGAUUUGUGUAGCUUCGAGAAAUUGAGCAAUUUGGAAGUGAACAAAACCGGUUCGCACCGUGAAACCACUUCGGUGAUUAAGAACAGCGUGUAUUUCAGAAAAGGCGAGAUUGGGGAUUCGAAGAACCACCUUUCGGGAAAAAUGAUGGAGAUUCUCGACCAAAUCACUGAGGAGAAAUUCAAAGAUCUCGGCCUGGUGGUUUCAAAACUCAAUGAUUCACGUUGAUGAACAAAAAUGGUCACGUGAUUUUAAGGGUUAUUUAAUUUCCUUCUUAAUCUAUAAGUUAUUAGUAUUUUAAUUUUUGGUCUUUUAAUAAAAUGAGGAUCAGAUUGAGUAUUAAAAAUGUUGCACUUAUAUUUUUCAUUAGAAUUAGCUUUGGUUUUAUAUGUGUUACGGAUCCAUUCGUCUUGUACUAGAACUUGCUGAGUUCUUUAAUUUUCACCAUUUGUGUCAGUAGCAGUUGAUGUAGGGGUGCUUGAAAAUAUUGUGUAAUAAUUGUAAUUUUUUUUAGAUUCAGAUUUUUGAAGUUACUUUAAAUAAUUAA